AUGCUGCCGCUCGAAUUGAUAGGCAUUUACAGGCAGUACAAGCAAGAUACCGAUUCAUUCGCCCGAUGGGUCGCCUCGACUGCCAAUACCUGCGGAUACCCUGCUGAUCUACUAUCCAACUCAGUUCCCGGGUCUGCAGAGACGUCCGAGCAGCGUCCUAAAGGCGGGCGUCUGAAGGGCAAGGAGAGAGCCAAGGCUCGCGCUGCCGGCGGAGGAAAGAAGGGAUCGAAUCUGGAGACAACGACAGAGACGAAAUACAUCAUCGCCAUCAAGGGCUUCCUGCCACUAGCGACCUUCAUUGCCGGUCGCCAAGAUCCGGCUGUUUCCGUGCCUGAUGUCUUCUCUACCACAAUCGAUCGCAUUGUCCGCCUGCGGUCUGCGUUUGCUGGUCAUUUGAGCGAUGGCGGAGCUCAGCCAAAUUCUCAGUUCGACGAACAGCAUGAAUACUUCGUUGGUGUUCUGAUGAAGGUUAGAGAGGCGUUACGAUCUUAUAUGGCACAUACAAAAGCAGAAGACGCCGCAGCAGAUGCCGGUACAAACGCCAUCAACGAUGCGCCCAACGACCCGGCCAAAGAUCUUGGCAACAGAUUCGCUGCUUUGUCUGUUGACGAGCCGACCGAAGCAUUCAUCGAAGCAUUCCGCAACGCGUCACAUGAGAGACCGAAACCACGCGACGAAGACCCCGUCUCUUACGGAUCCGAGCCCCAAAGUUCACCGGGGGAUGCCAUGUUUGCUGUUUCGGCUCUGGCAAACGACCUACAGAAGAUCAGAGCUCAAAUCAAGAGUAUCUGGGUAAACCAUCGUUAUAGCACUCUGGAUCUCGCUUCUGCUGCUGUCGCUACUACUGUAGCCACGUCUAUUGCUCGUGGAUUGGUCAAGGAGGUCCGCCUUCAAAUGGACAUGAACAGCUCCAACUACGACAAGUACGUCAUCGUCUCACAUGUCAUGAACAGCUUCAUCCACGCCCUUCAUCCUAAAAGGCUUCCACUGAUCAAUGAAAAGAUACUCGGCACUUACGACCCUUCUAGCAACCUUGAUUCCAAGACGGGUGUAGAGAAGACGGCCGAAGAUAGGAUUCUUCUGAUGGACUUUUUCCUGGAGCUCAUUACCGUGAUUCGAAUGGUUCCUGAGUACCCAGUCGAGGAUGAGUUCUUGCGCGAAAUGAGACUUUUCGAAAUGAACUCAAAGAACGUCUCCUUUUCGCUUAUCUUCACUGGACAAGCCUUUCUUGACAUUCAUCACACGAUACGUGCCGUGUCGCUACAAAGCUUGGUGGCCAUGAUGAAUGAGCUUACGAUCACGAGGAAGUCUCUAGAAACUCACCUGGAGUUCCACAAAAGCUUGGAACUCAAGACUUGGCCUACUUCAAACGACUACCGGAUGCAAAUUCUUUGUGCAAGAAUGAGAAGAAUGGAUAGAGAUCCGGUAUACGAGGGAGAGGCUAAGGCGUACACGGAGAUGGGUUUGCCUAUGCCUGCGGCAAUGCAGCCUCAUCGCAUCAUGAUCUACUCCCCUGUGUAUACCUACAGUUUCGCCGUCGCAAAUGCUUGCGGUUCCAGCAUGACUGCGGCUCACCUCUACAAUGCCCUGCGUGUGGAGGACUUGAUGGAGGAACCGUGGCCCGAUAUGCAGGUCAUGAUUGGCCUUCUAGGCUGCGACAAUUUUUGGGCUGGAGGUAAACACCCCAGCACUACCGAACGUUGUUACCAGAAGUUCUGCCUCCAGACGGCUCUCUCAGCUGCGGCUUUCGCGACAAAUCGCCGGCGUAACGCGCCUGUCACCUCACGCUCCGGGCCGCGGGGCAUCAAAGAGGGCGCGCCCGUAUCUUGGGCCAUAACAGAUGCCAAGAUCUUUUCGAGUACCGAUGUGGACUGGACGCCUAAGCUGCUCGACGACAUUGUUGCGCGUAGCACCUAUCGGCGGGAGCGCUCAGAAGAUGAUGACCGGCGCUUCACUCUGUCACAAAUCUGCGAUCCACAAGAACGUAGGGCCAGAGAUCGACUUCGGCAGCAGGCCGUCAAGGCAAGGGCAGCGGGGACAGAUAAGAACAUGACCGGUGGUAGUCUCGCCCCCGAGAACAUUACCCUGUCGCUAGUUUUAGCUCUGCACGCCGAAUCUCUCGAGAUGGCCUUCCCGUGGCUGUUGAUGCAUUGCGGCUGCUGGAGGUUCCUCCGAGCGGUAAAAGAACACUGCGAUCCUUUGUUGCGGGAGCUAUGCACACAUGCCUCUUUGUCGAAGGAGGCCAGUUUGCAUUCUGUGGUUGGCUUCAUUCUCAAGGCUGCUGCGAAAGGCGUUGAUGGGGGGUUGCAGGACAAGAGCCUGUUGACCACCGCGGCGGAGGUCUAUAACGGCUAGCUUAGCACCAAGGCAGGCGGCAGCGAGGCAGGCAAGACGGCACUGGAGGUUGCACGUGGGUUUGGAUUGACCAUUGACUACGAGUUUGCCGCUUCUACUUCUAUAGCGACGAGCGUCUAAUUGCAGAAUGAGUUGAGGGUCAGUACGUCAGGUGUCAAGGAAGGUACUGGUCAUUUCACGGCAUGGGAGGAACUCGGACGUUCAGAGGAUUUGAUAUCUCAUGCUGGAAGAACUUG